AUGCCCUGCGUCCUGGUCAGCCUCCUGAUCGGUCCCAGCCCUUGGGCCCCCUGCCUGGGAUCCCUGGCCCCAUUCGUUCUCCCCCACGACUGCCACGCUGCCUCCAAGGGUUUCUACUCCAGUGAAAGGAUUACAGGAGUUUUCUCCUAUGAAAGUUCAGAAGUAGACUGGUGUGAAGACAACUACAAGCACUCCGAACACGUAGUGGAGUUCUUCAACACAAUGAGCAGCAUGAUUUUCUUCAUCAUAUCUCCCAUCAUGCUCUACCUGUUGCAUCCCUAUGCCAGAGAGAGGAACCUAGCUGUCCAUCUGGUCUGGACCAUGAUGAUAUUUGUAGGGCUGUUCUCGACCUACUUCCACAUGACCCUUAGUUUCAUGGGGCAGAUGCUGGAUGAGUUGUCCAUCCUGUGGGUGCUGGCAGUGGGAUACGCGGUCUGGUUCCCUCGCAGACGCUUCCCUUCCUUUGUCAAGGACAGGGCUACUUUCUCGAGACUAGUGCUGGGGGUUACUCUUGUCAGUACAGUGUCUUCAUUCAUCAAACCUACUGCCAAUGCCUAUGCCCUGAACUGCUUCGGUCUCCACAUGCUUUACUAUCUGGGUGUCGAGAUGAGGCGCUGUACUGACCAGAAGGCUCUGCGGCUAGCCAAGCUGUCAGUGGGUCUGUGGGUGCUGGCCAUCUCCUGCUGGAUUAGUGACCGUGUUGGCUGCAGUUUAUGGCAAAGACUCAAUUUCUGCUACCUGCACGGUAUCUGGCACAUUCUGAUUGUGAUGGCUGUGGCUUAUGGAAGUACCCUGAUAGCCUACCUAGAUGCAAAUUAUGAGAUCCCCUAUUCACUACCCGGACUACAGUACUGGCCAUGUGACAAGUGGGAAGUUGGAUUACCUCAUAUUGUCCUGAAAGGCACCACUAAAACACAUAAAAAAUGCUAG